AUGACGAAGAUCAACAAGGAACUGGCCUCUUCGCGCCGGAAGUCGCGCAAGGCCCAUUUCGGCGCUUCCUCUGGCGAGCGACGAGUUAUCAUGAGUGCCCCAUUGAGCAAGGAAUUGAGAGAAAAGCACAAUGUGCGCUCAAUACCCAUCCGCAAGGACGACGAGGUCACCAUUGUCCGCGGUACCAACAAGGGCCGUGAGGGCAAGAUCACCAGCGUCUACCGCCUCAAGUACGUUGUCCACGUCGAGCGUGUCACCCGCGAGAAGUCCAACGGCCAGAGCGUCCCGAUCGGCAUCCACCCCUCCAAAGUCGUCAUCACCAAACUCAAGCUGGAUAAGGACCGUGAGACCAUCUUGGACCGCAUGGGCAAGGGAAGAGAGGCCAGAGCGAAGGCUACAUCCGCAUAA